AUGACGAUAACAGAGCUGUUGGCUCAUCCUGUAGCGAUUGGUCUUAUUGCUAUCAUCGUUGGCAGUGCUGCAAUGGGUUCGAGUGGUAUGGGAAAGGCUCUUGCGACAAAGCUCGCUCAGCAAGGUGCCAAUGUCUGCAUUGUUGCAAGAAAUCAAGCCAAACUCGACCAAGCAAUCGCUCACAUCAAGUCACACGCAAAAUCUCCGAACCAGCGAUUUCUUGCCAUCAGCGCCGAUUGCACCUCACCCGAAGACAACUCCCGCAUCCUCACCGAGACCACCUCAUGGAACAACGACCAAGCACCCGACAUAGUCUGGGCAAACGCUGGCUCGUCAUCCCCUGGCCUCUUCAUCGACACUCCUCUUGAGACACAUCGCGCUCAGAUGGACACAAACUACUGGGCUUCCUUCUACCUCGCCCAUGCGACCCUCAAACUUUGGCUUACACCACAGCAAAAGAAGGAAGAACACAAGACAAGACACUUCAUCAUUACAUCCAGCAGUGUUGCCUUUGUAGGCGUAGCAGGCUAUUCACCCUACGCUCCUGCCAAAGCUGCUUUAAAGUCUCUGGCCGACUCGCUGCGCAUGGAAUUGAACCUAUACAAUGGCAGCAUGAAGUCUACGCUGCCUUCUCCCGCUGCUGCUACCAAUAUCCAUCUGGUCUGCCCUGGCACUAUAUUAACGCCUGGCUACGAAGCAGAAAAUGCUACGAAACACCCUGUUACCAAGAUCCUAGAGUCUGGCGAUCCCAAACAGACUGAGGAUCAAGUUGCAGAUGCCGCUCUGAAGGGCUUGCAACGAGGUGACUAUGUCAUCACCACGCAAUGGUUGGGCCAUGCUAUGAGAGUCUCUGCUCUAGGUGGCUCCCCCAGAAAUGGCUGGGGUGUUGUGGAUGUCCUUUUCGGCUGGGUGACGGCUAUCGCCUGGCUGUUUAUUGCGCCUGAUAUGGAAAGCAAGGUGUGGAAUUGGGGCAAAGAGCAUGGCUGUUCAUAA